AUGCCUCCUCUUGCUGGCUUCUCGGAUAACCCGUUUCAAACCCAUUCAGAUCUGAUCACAGCUGCGGUUGCCCUCAUUAAACCUCUGGAGGUAUACAAGUCGAAUGGUAAAGCUCGUAUCAAAAUUGCCAGCUCGAGCGGCGCAGGAUUCAGCGAGACAGCCGCCCAAGUUGAAGGCUUUUCCAGACCACUAUGGGUAGUUGCCCAUCUCCUUGAACUGGAAUCAAAAGGAUGUGUGCCAAAUCUUGCCCAAACGGGAGUAAAUCUGCAAUCAUGGGUUCUUGGCCUCAAAUCCGGAACCGACCCUUCGUCGAAUGAAUACUUUGGAGAUCUCGGUGAUUUCGACCAGAGAAUGGUGGAAAUGGAAGCAAUCGCACUGUCAAUCCUGAUUUCGCCUUCAAACUUUGCCUUUCGGAACGACGCCUUUGCUAGGUCCAAUUUAGUCAAAUGGCUGUCGCAAAUCAAUAGAAGAAAACUUCCCGUCAACAACUGGCGCUGGUUUCGAGUUUUUGUCAACUUGGCCCUUUACAAGGAGCUCCAAGUCCCGCGAGGUCAAGUGCAACGCCAUCUUGAUGAGGACUUGGCAAUUCUUGACUCUUUCUAUCUGCAAGAUGGAUGGUCUAGUGAUGGCACAUGGGGAGAAGAGAGAAAGCAGGCAGACUAUUACUCUGGAAGUUUUGCAAUUCAAUUUGCACAGUUGCUCUUUGUCAAGUAUGCUACCGAGUUUGAUGCAAGCCGGGCAGAUCGAUAUAAGCAACAGGCCAAGGAAUUCGCAACUCAUUACUGGAGGUUUUUUGACACCAAUGGCGCUGCAAUCCCAUUUGGGCGGAGCUUGACUUAUAGGUUUGCUUUUGCAGCGUUCUGGUCGGCUCUCAGUCUGGCAGAGGUUGAACUUCUCGCCCAAUUGAAUAAUGUGGGAGUAGUGAAAGGACUAUUGCUGCGGCAUCUGCGAUGGUGGGCAAAGCAGCCUCACAUUUUCAAUACCGACGGAACAUUGAACAUCGGCUACACGUACGCGAAUCUGUUCAUGUCAGAGGACUACAACUCUCCUCAGUCGGUAUACUGGUGUCUGAAGAGUUUCAUCGCCGCCGCCAUCCACCCGGACUCUUUGUUUUGGACGUCUGAGGAGGCACCACAUCCGGCAGCUUCGGGUAUCCCGACAAAGAUGCAACUCAUCUGGCCAGCAAAGCAGAUAGUAUGCAACACCCCUGAACAUCAUUUUCUGCUUUCCUCUGGGCAGUCCACGAGAAAGAAUCAUCGUUCCCGGGAGGCAAAAUACUCCAAAUUUGCUUAUUCCUCGGCGUUCGCAUUCAGUGUCCCCUGCGGCGUCUCUCUUGAGCAGCUAGCACCUGAUAGUGUGCUGAGCCUCAGCACCGACGGCGGAGAGACCUGGAAAGUUCGCUGGGAACCAUUCAACGUUUCGCAUGAAUGCGUUUCGUUCCGUAAUGAGCAGCUCCCGGUUUUAGUGAGUUCCUGGAAGCCAUGGAACAAUCUGAACAUCAUUGUCGAGACGAGAUUGUUCUCGCCACACACAGCUUGGCCAGGUUGGAGUUUGCGCGUGCACACGCUGCGCUGGCUUGCAGAGAGAUGCGUUCCGGAUCAGCUUAUCGCCCUCGACAGUGGUUUUGCCAUCUCGUCCCAAACGCGCCUUGGGCACUCGAUCUUUGAGCAGCCUUGCACUUCAGACUUUUCUUCAUGCGCUACCAAUGAAGGAUGGUGGAAAGACGACAUGAGCUGCUUGAUUGUAUCGGAAGCUGGCGCAAGCGGGACAGUGGAUCUAACACCUGAAUUUCUACCCCUGGGCCCUAACUGUACCCUGCACCCAGAGCGCCAGGCAAGGAUAAUCAAGCCAGAUGCCAACACCAAUCUCUCAGCACAACGAACUCUUUUGCCAUCAUCGCAACACCACUUCAGUGCGGCGCAUUCGAAUUCCCAAGAUUCUGGGGGAAAGACGGUUCAUCAUAUUGUGACUGGUGUUUUUGCUGCUCAAAGCUCCAAAGUACAAUUGUCGAACGUAUGGAGUUUGUGGCAGAAUCGGCCAUCUGGUAGCCUCGAUCCGUCCUAUGGAACUUUGACUCUCGGGGGUUAG